AUGGCUAUGACGCAAUCCGCUCGUGUCUAUAAACUCCCAGAUCUCCAGACGCAGUGGCCGUUUCUCCAAGCCAACGCACACCGCAGACUGCAUCAGCUUGCUUCUGAGUUCUGGGAGUGUUUGGCAGAGGGUGCAAGGGGUGAUGUUCUCCUACAUCUGAAGCAGAAGUCACUAACCAUCUCCCACAACAAUCCUGAGGCCACCACCGUCGACUACUACCGCCCGGAUUUAAGCAACAUUUAACUCCACACCAUCAUGGAGAUAACAACAAUCUUACCCAUUUCUCCGUCCAGGAGAUACUAUAGAGCACUGCCUAUAAAUAUGCCGACAAAACAAGCUUCCCAGAUUAUUCUCAUCUACAGAUAACAUCGACAACAAUCACCAGCCAUGGCCUCUCCAAUGCAAGCCAUCACCCUCGAAGAGCAUGUUGCAUUUCCCGCCCUGGACAGCAGCAACCCCUUCUACGACAACAUCUGGAAGAUCUUCCCCGAGCGCCUGAGCCUCGCCCAGGACUACUCCACCGCCCGACUCGCCAACAUGGACGCCGGGAACGUCACCUUCCAACUCCUCUCCCACUUACCCGGCGGCAUCGCCCUAACCGACCCCGCACGCUGCCGCGCAGGGAAUGACGAAAUGGCCACAGCCAUCAAGCAACACCCGGGCCGAUUCGGCGGCCUCGCAGCCCUCCCAAUGGCCCAUCCCCUCGAAGCCGCCAAAGAACUACACCGCACCGUCCGGGACCUCGGCUUCCACGGCGCCCUCAUCGACAACCACCUCGCCGACGGAAUCACCCACUACGACGCCGAACGAUUCUGGCCCGUCUUCGCCGCCGCCGAAUCCCUCGACGUCCCCAUCUACCUGCACCCCUCACCCCCCUCCCCAGAAACCAUACAAUCCCGCUUCGCCGGCAAGUACCCCCUCCCCGCCGAACUGGGCCUCGCCACCGGCGCCUGGGGCUGGCACGAAAACGUCGGUCUGCACGUUCUCAAACUCUUCGCGGCCGGCGUUUUCGAGCGCUUUCCCAACCUCAAAAUCGUCAUCGGUCACAUGGGCGAGCUCUUACCGAUUAUGUUGCACCGGAUCGCGCGAUUGCGCUUUUUUCAGGAGAUGGCCGCCUCUCGGUCGAAGGGGAUUCUGGAUGUCUGGGAUCAGAAUAUCUGGGUCACGACGAGCGGGAUCUUUAGUAUCGAGACGCUGAUGAUGGUGUUGCAGGUGACUAAGGUCGAACGGGUGAUGUAUAGUGUGGAUUAUCCGUUUGAGGAUAAUAUUACUGGGAAGGAGUUCUUGGAUAGGUUGAGAGAGAGUGGGAAGUUGACUCCUGAUGAGGUGGAUAUGAUUGCGUUUAAGAAUGCGAGGGAGUUUUUGAAGUUGGGGAUUUAAGAUGGAUGGAUAGAUGGUAGUGUAGAUUCUUGAUGGCGGGAUGUCUUCGUAGGUUGUAUAUAGCGCUGUAUAUAGAUAGGUAGGUAGAUGGAUAUAGUGGUGUUGAGACUCGAUGAUGAGGACCUCGAGCUAUUCAGAAUGCAUGUACAACACACAUCGACCAUCCCCUCACCAUCACCAAUAUAUAAUAAGAAAUCACACCGUAUGCUC